UCACACCAACUCGUCUCGGUGCUGGAGCCGCGUCCGCUGCUGGGAUGCUACUUCGCCUCGGUAGCAUAUCGGUCGCCCAGCCAUCCCGUUGAUCACCUCCCCUUGGUGCUGUAUCGCUUGGACGCUCUGUCCUUGACGCCAUUGCGUUAGACAGGCUUGUUGGCACUGUGAAUCCCAGCUCCGAAGAGCCCUGAAACAGCACACGUACAGACAGAGGGCAAUUUGAGCGUACAGAUCUCCUGAUAGUGAAUGUGAUUGGUGGUGCUCACCAUGUGUGUGGUUGUUCUGGUGGCGAUGCGAUGAUGCUGGAAGGUGAAGGCGGGACGCCCACGACCAU